UGUAUUUUAUUCGUAUUAUCUUUUAAUGGUUGCGGAAAACGUUAUGAAGUAUUCAAAAUUUCAUCAAUUACAUUUAAAAUUAUUAUUUUUUAAAUUUAAUAUUUUAUUUUUAUUUUCAAUAAUAUUUAAAUUAAAUGUGAUAAAUUGUGAUGUAUUUACAUUGGGUUAUUUAACUGGUUCACAAAGACGUCCUGGAAAUUUAGAUUAUCAAAGACCAGGUUUAACAAUAUCGGGUGCAAUAAGUUUAGCUAUAUCAAAGGUUAAUUCAGAUAUAUUAAAGGAUUUAGGACAUACAUUGGAAUUUGUUGUUGCUGAAACAUAUGGUGAUGAAGUAAUAAGUAUAAGGCAAACAGCUGAUUUGUGGACAAAACAAAUUGCUGGUUAUAUUGGACCACAAGAGACAUGUGUACAUGAAGGUCGUAUGGCAGCUGCUUUUAAUUUACCAAUGAUUUCAUAUUUUUGCACACAUCGGGAUACAUCCUUAAAAAAAGAUUUUCCAACAUUUGCUAGAACCCGACCACCUGAUACACAAAUAUCAAAGUCAGUUGUAUCAUUACUUUUAGCCUAUAAUUGGACUGAAGUAACAUUUUUAUAUUUAAAUUCUGCAAAUGAAGAAUAUGUUCCAGUUGCUGAGACAAUUGUAUCGAUUUUAAAAUUGAAUGGUGUAAAUGUAAGAGAAAUUGUAACAUGGAAAACAAUUUAUCAUCAUGGUUUUAUGGAGAAUCCAUUUGAUGAUAUUGUUGAGAAAACAUUUUCAAAUACAAGGAUUUAUAUAAUUCUUGGACAUUAUUAUGAGCAUUUAGGUUUAAUGUUGGCUCUCUAUAAAAAAGAACUUCUUCAGAGUGGUGAAUAUUUCGUUGUUGGUGUUGAUAUAGAACAAUAUGAUAAAUCAGAACCAGAAAAAUAUUUAAGAGGAUUAUUAUUAGAAACGAUUGAUAAAACAGUAGAAGAAGCUUACCGUUCAUAUAUGGGUAUAUUUCCAUCAGCUUCAAAUAAAUUUGAAGAAUUUGCAAAACAAGUUAAUAAAUAUAUGGAAUUACCGCCAUUCAAUUUUCCAAAUCCUUUAGGAUAUUUUGGUGGAACUAAAAAGAUUCGUGCUGAAGCAGCAUAUCUAUAUGAUGCUGUAAAUUUAUAUACAAGUGCUUUAAUAAAAGUUUUAUCAGUUGGUGAAAAUCCUAGAAAUGGUACAGCAAUUAUUGAUGCAGUCAAAGGAACAAAAUAUUUAAGUGCGAUGGGAUAUCACGUUUAUGUUGAUGAAAAUGGUGAUGCAGCUGGAAAUUAUACGGUGCUAGGUAGAAAAUUAUUUCGGAAUAAUAAAAAUAAGACUGUUUAUGGAUUAGUGCCGAUUGGUACAUUUAGUGCACCAAAAAAGGAUGUUCUUCCAGAUUUAAAUCUUUAUCGUGAAUUCAAUUGGGUUAAUGGAUAUGGGCCACCUGUUGCUGAACCUCCAUGUGGAUUCAAAGGAGAAAAAUGUAUAAGUUAUACUGGUGAAAUAUCUGCUGGUAUUGCUGGUGGAGCAUUAUUACUUUUAGGUAUAAUAUCAUUGGUAUUAUAUCGUAAUUGGCGUUAUGAACAAGAAUUAGAUAGUCUAUUAUGGAAAAUUGAUUUUCGUGAAAUUCAAAUGCAUGAAAAAGAAGAACAAACUGGUCAAAAGUUAACUAGGUCAACACAUCCACUAAUACGAACUAGUCAAGUUAGUUUAAGUUCAAAUCCAGAUGCUGAUUUUCGUUAUUCAACAAUUUAUACACCAAUUGGUCUAUAUAAAAAUCAAUUGUAUGCAAUUAAGAAAGUUCCAAAAAAAAGUAUUGAUAUAACGAGAGAAAUGAAAAAGGAAUUAAAAUUGUUGAGAGAUUCCCGACAUGAUAAUAUAUGCGCUUUUAUUGGAGCAUGUACAGAUCCACCAAAUAUUUGUAUUAUUAGUGAAUAUUGUACAAGAGGAAGCCUCAAAGAUAUUCUUGAGAAUGAGGAUGUUAAAUUGGAUAACAUGUUUAUAGCAUCAAUGGUAGCUGAUAUUAUUAGGGGGGUCAUUUAUUUACAUGAAUCCCCCAUAAGAUAUCAUGGAGCAUUAUGUACAUCGAAUUGUUUGAUUGAUUCAAGAUGGGUGGUAAAAAUAAGUGAUUUUGGUUUAUUUGCAUUUAAAAAAGGAGCUGAUGAUGUUUAUGACAACCAAAAUAUGGUAGUCAAAUGUUCAAAAUUGUUAUAUAGAGCUCCAGAAUUAUUACGUCUUGGACCGCCAUCAUUAGUUCCUGGAACACAAAAAGGUGAUUCGUAUUCAUUUGGAAUUAUUUUAUAUGAAAUGCAUACUAGACAUGGUCCAUUUGGAGAAACUGGUUUACAAACAAUGGAAUGUCUUAAAAAAGUUUUGCAACCACCAGAAUUAGGAGCACCAUAUAGACCAUCACUGCAACCAUUAGAAACGUCGUUUGAUUGUGUACGAGAAUGUUUAAAAGAAUGUUGGCAAGAAAGACCAGAGGAUCGUCCUGAUUUUAAAACGAUACGAACACGUUUACGUCCAUUACGUAAAGGAAUGAAACCGAAUAUAUUUGAUAAUAUGAUGUCAAUGAUGGAAAAAUAUGCCAAUAAUUUAGAAGCAUUAGUUGAUGAACGUACCGAUCAAUUACAAGAAGAGAAAAAGAAGACUGAAGCUCUACUAUUAGAAAUGUUACCAAGACCAGUUGCUGAACAAUUGAAAAAGGGAAAUAAAGUUGAUCCAGAAAGUUAUGAUAUGGUUACAAUAUAUUUUAGUGAUAUUGUUGGAUUUACAUCAAUGUCAGCUGAAAGUGCUCCAUUACAAGUUGUAGAUUUUCUAAAUGAUUUAUAUACAUGUUUUGAUUCAAUAAUUGGAAAUUAUGAUGUUUAUAAAGUUGAAACAAUUGGUGAUGCAUAUAUGGUUGUAUCUGGACUACCAAUACGUAAUGGUGAUUUACAUGCAGCUGAAAUUGCAUCUAUGUCAUUACAUUUACUUGGUGCUAUAUCAGAAUUUAAAAUAAGACAUAGACCUAAUGAAAAACUUCUAUUAAGAAUUGGUAUACAUUCAGGUCCUGUUUGUACUGGUGUUGUUGGUUUGAAAAUGCCAAGAUAUUGUUUAUUUGGUGAUACAGUUAAUACAUCAUCAAGAAUGGAAUCAACUGGUUUACCAUUAAAAAUACACUGUAGUAUGCAAUGUAAAGCUUUAUUAGAUAAAUUAGGGGGUUAUACAUUAGAGGAACGGGGUCUAAUAGCAAUGAAAGGUAAAGGUGAACAAAAAACGUAUUGGUUAUGUGGAGAAGAUGAAGACUAUCGAGCACGUCGAACUUAUGAACGUGGUCAACGAAGAGGCUCAAAAGCAUACUGUGCUCGUAAUCAACAGUAUGGUAUUUUUCAACAAAAUAAUCUCUUGCCACCAGAGACUGGUAUCAGAUCAUCAUUAAAAAAUAAGAACAUUCCAAGAAGUACUUUAACACGAUCAUCUAGUUUAGAAUCACCGAAAAAGUUAAGGUUUGCAACUGGAAGUCUUCUGGAACAUCAUCGCUACCAUAGCGAAGAUGCUCUCCUGGAAGGUAAUUCUGAAACUAGUCCAAGAAAAUCAAGUGGAGGCUCAAUAUCAGGAUAUGAAGAUGUAACAGCAUCAUGUCCAACAAUUGAUGAAACUUGUAUUAGAAAUCAAAGACGACCAAGCUCAUAUCCAAAUGUUACUACACCUUUACUAUUAAAUCAUGUCGAAACUUAAAUUUAUUGUGAAUUUAUAGCCAAACUGAGAACAAAAAAUCUAAUAUAUAAUAAUAAAAUUAAUGUAAAUUAUAUUUAAAAUAAUUGUAUAUGUAAGUUAUAAAAAAAAUCUAGCUUGUUUUUUUUUUUGUAUAUUUGUGAAUGUGUAAGUGUUAUAAUUUUAUUUAUUGUCGUUAGUUUUAAAUAACAUUAAAAAUUAAAGCAUAUACGAGUAAAUCAGAUUUUAUUUAACAAAUGAGUUCGAACCUCUACCAACUAUGACCAAUUUCCACCCUAAAUUUUAAUUCCUACUAUACGACGGAAGAAAAUCAAAAUAUUCAAUUGUUGUCAGUUGAAUGACAUUCAUAUUGUGUAAAUUGCUAGUAUUACUACACACAUUCACAAUCAACUGUUAUAUUCUGAGGUUUAUUGUCAUUUGUGAAAUAAAAUUCAGUAUAAAAAAUAUAUUUUUUUCAUUUAUUAAUAUUUCAUUGAUUUUUAGACAUACAUAAAUAAAAUUUUUAAUUUUUUUUUUUUUUUUGAUGUGAUGUUUUUUUGUAAGUAAAUUAAUUAUUUUUAAGGUCAAAGACCAAAAUUUAUUUUAUUAUUUAAUUAGAAUUUAAAUAGUACUAUUUAUGUCAAAGAAUAAGCUUUAAGCUCAAAAUAAUAUUUGAAAUUAUGGGAGUCUACCAAAAUGCAGAUCUAACGUCAAUUUAACUUAUUCAGCAAUCAAUUGAAUAAGUCAAUUUGACGUUAAGUUUACAUUUUAGUAGGCGUCUUAUGUAUUUACUUAAUUUAAAAAGAAAAAAUUUAUGUUUAUAAACUAGUUAAGGCUAGUG